AUUCAACAACAUGCCUCCAUGAUGUAUUGAAACUUCUUGAUGCUUGUUGGUGGAGCCCUUCAUAGUAUGAAGAUAAUUCUAUGGGAUGGGCAGUUUGGGGGAAGCCAUACAGAGCUUACGUAUUGUAGUUACCUUAACCGAGCCAGGAUGAUGCUCUCUAUUUGUUUUUUGAAACAAAGAACUCUAUCACACUGCAAGGGGACAUUGGAGUUGCUGUAAGCAAGGACGAGGGAGUAACCUGGCAGCACCUGGGUAUUGCUUUAGAUGAGGGAUGGCAUCUUUCUUAUCCCUUUGUUUUCAGCCAUCAGAAUCAAGUAAGAUAUAUAUGGUGCCUGAAGGCAGAAAGAAAGGUGAAUUACGUCUCUAUCGGGCGUUGGAAUUUCCCCUAAAAUGGAAAUUUGAAAAGGUCGUUUUGAGUAAGCCCCUUAUAGAUUCACUCAUUGUGGAAUACAACGCCUACUAUUGGCUUUUUGGGUCAGAUUUCAGUGCUUUUGGGGCAAAAAAGAAUGGGGAGCUUGAAAUCUGGUACAGUGACUCUCCACUUGGUCCGUGGAAGGCACACAAGCAGAAUCCAGUCUAUAAUAAAGACAGGAGCUUAGGUGCUAGAAAUGCAGGAAGGCCUUUUAUGUACAAAGGUGAUCUCUACCGACCAGGACAAGACUGUGGUGAAACUUAUGGACGUCGAUUACGCCUAUUCAAAGUGACGACUCUCACUACCACUAAAUAUGAGGAAGCUGAAGUUGUAUUUGGAUUUCAAGAGCCCAAAAAAGGAAGAAAUUCUUGGAAUGGAGCUAGAUACCAUCACCUUGAUGUCCAAAUGCUUCCAUCUGGCAAAUGGAUUGCUAUGAUGGAUGGGGAUCGAGCUUCUUCAGGUGACUCAGUCCGAAGGCUUAUGUCAGGGUGCACUGCAUUUGGAGCUGCUGUUAUUUUAGUUAUUCUAACAGGAGUACUGAUGAGUGCUAUUGAUUGCGUUCCACAAAUAAAUCGGUGCCUUCCUAUCUCAGGAAAAAGAAGUGAUGCUAUUGACCAAAAGGAACAAUUGGACCAUCUCUAUUCUAAGUUGAGAUGGUUUUUAGCUCAUUUGAACAAGUUGGCUUCUCCACUUCAAGGAAAAAUAAAGACCAAUACAUGGAGUGGUCGUGUAGUCCUAACUUUGAUAUUUCUAAUAGUGGUUUCAUUGACAUGCAUCGGUACCCGUUAUAUAUACGGAGGAAAUGGUGCAGAAGAGCCUUAUUCAGUGAAGGAGCAUUACUCUCAGUUCACCAUGCUAACUAUGACAUAUGAUGCAAGGCUCUGGAAUCUUAAAAUGUCUGUGGAACAUUACUCUAGAUGCUCCUCGGUAAGAGAAAUUGUGGUGGCUUGGAACAAAGGACAAGCUCCAAAUAUAAGCGACUUUGACUCUGCAGUUCCACUUAGGAUCAGAGUAGAAGAUAAAAAUUCCUUAAACAAUAGGUUCAAGCCAGAUCCACUGAUAAAGACACGAGCCAUUCUUGAGCUUGAUGAUGACAUAAUGAUGACAUGUGAUGAUGUAGAGCGAGGUUUCAAGGUCUGGAGAGAUCACCCAGAGAGAAUAGUGGGAUUCUAUCCUCGGCUUGCUGAAGGGAGUCCCCUCCAAUAUCGGGAUGAGAAAUAUUCUCGAAAGAAGAAAGGGUACAAUAUGAUACUAACUGGAGCUGCUUUUGUUGAUAAAGGGUUGGCAUUUGAGAGGUAUUGGAGCAAGGAAGCAAGCAAAGGGAGGGAUAUGGUGGACAAAUUUUUUAACUGUGAAGAUGUGCUUCUAAAUUUCUUGUAUGCAAAUGCAAGCGCAUCAACAAAGGCUGUUGAGUAUGUGAGGCCUUCUUGGGCUAUUGACACGUCAAAGUUAAAGGGAGUUGCAAUUAGUAGGAAUACACAGGCGCAUUAUAAUGUGAGGAGUGAGUGCAUUGCCAGAUUUACAAAGUUGUAUGGGAAUUUGGCAACUAAUAUUUGGGAAUUCAACAGCCGGAAAGAUGGUUGGGAUGUAUAGCUGAGGUAACUCAAUCUUCAAUUUUGAUUUAACAUUUUCUCUUCUCUUGUUUUCUGUUCUUUUAGAUUUGAUCUUUUCGAAGUGUAGUUUAUUCUUUGUAGUUUGGUUGGAAGAUGUAUUAAAUGUAUAGAUGUAUUUUUCCGGGUUGGGGGUGUCUAGGGAACACAUAUUUGUAACCGAUUUUGAUAUUAAUCAAUCAUGUAUUGCUAGGCGUAUGAUUUUCA